AAAGGUCUUUAGAAUUGAGGAAGGUGCAGGCUCAUAUUAUAUUACUGCAAUAAUAAAUGUGGGAACAUAAACAGACAAAGUCAAAAUCCAUUGGAGCAGGCUUGGUAAACAAGCCAACAAUAUAAAACUUUUCUGAUCCAGAGAGAUCUUGAAGAAGUCAAUAUAAACCAAAGCCCGAGAACCUCACCUCAACACAAAGCAAAGUAUCAAUCUCCAAAACUUCUCAAAUUCUCUCUCAAAACUCAAAUAGGAAAAAGCUAUGGCUGGAGUUGAAUUGCUCCCCAAAGAAUAUGGAUACGUAAUUCUUGUUCUUGUCUUCUACUGUUUCCUUAACUUCUGGAUGUCAUUUCAAGUCGGCAAAGCUCGCAAAAAGUACAAGGUUUCUUAUCCAACAAUGUACGCAAUUGAAGCUGAAAAUAAGAAUGCUAAGCUCUUUAAUUGUGUUCAGAGAGGUCAUCAAAAUUCAUUAGAAAUGAUGCCAAUGUUUUUCAUGCUGAUGAUUAUUGGAGGAAUUAGGCACCCCUUGAUUUGUGCAUCACUUGGAGCUGUUUAUAUUGUAUGUCGCUUUUUCUACUUCACUGGCUAUUCCACCGGCGAUCCCCAAAAUCGUCUUACUAUUGGGAAAUAUAAUUUCUUGGCAAUAAUGGGGCUGAUGAUAUGCUCAAUAUCUUGUGGAGUUAAUCUCCUUAUGUCCUGAAUAAUAGUCUCACAUCGGAGCUGUUCCUAGUAAUUCCCUUUAUUUCCAGUAGAGGCUGUCUUUUGUGUCUUUCCCUGUUGCAUUUUGAUGUUGCCGUUUGGUUUAGUUCUCUCGUUUUCCUGGUUGCUGCCAGUUUCCAGCUCUUGUAAUGUGAUCCAGGUCUUUUAAGUUGGACCUUCUUGUGGAAUUCUGUUAAUAAUACGAGUUAAUUGGUACUUUCUGUAUCAAGAUAUAUUGUCUGUG